GAGGCUGAGGGAGAGGAGCCCCACAUCCCCGCCUCUGACCGCGUGUCCCUCCACAGGGUCCCCUGGCCGCCGUCCCUCUGACUGUCGCUUCCGCUCUGCCGGCCACUCUGCCACCUGGCCUCUUCUGCCCGUUUACCGUUUCUGUGUAUGAGCCUGUUCUGAAGUCUUCAGCCUCCCGCAGCUCUCCAGCUCGGCCUCAUGACAGCCCUUUAGAUUCCUGCCCCGGUCCCAUAACGUCUCCUGCUCUUACAGGACCCUUCCGGACAGCGCGGGCGCCCCGUGUGCUCUGGGGGUGCUGGGGGCCUCCCGCGGUGUAAGGCAGCUGACGUUUUCUCUCCGCCGAGGAGCCCCUCACAAGGAAUGACACCACACGUCAGGGCCCUUGAUUUUACAUUAACCCCUAGAUCGUAUGGUUUGUUAGCGUUUCAUGACUUACAGCCGAAAUCCCAACCAGUUCCUGAGGACACAGCCGCGCUCUAGGCUGUCUUCAGCCAAGGCGGCCUUUCUGGCUUCCAGGCUUGGUGAGCGAGCAGGCCCGGGGGUGCGGCUCCCUUGGGUGCGGAGGCGCCCUAGUCUGGAGGUGGAGGGUGUCUGUGCUAACGUGGGCAGGUGGGAGGAGGAAAGCGGAAGUGAAGGAAGAAAGAACGAGUCCGAGGGAAUCAAAGCAACUUCAUACUCAACCAGUGUUCAGAUUUCCAAAGGAAAUGGAAGGACGUUUGGCAAUGAGACAAAUGAUUAUAGAGCUUGGGACAUUCAGAAAAGUGAACUCUGUAAACCAGAACAAAGUUACCAUCCCCGUACCGUGAAAUUUGGAAAUUCAACUACAUUUCAGGAUGACUAUGUUUCUCAGGAGGUAAAGCCGAGGCAAAGCUUUAAACCUAGCUCUAAUGUCAAAUCUUCUUCAGCGCCUUUUCACGGCGACACAAGCCAUCGCCUCGAUUAUAUACCUCAUCAGCGAGAAGUCAAGUUUGCAAGGCCAAAAAAAGUUUACAAGCCACCCAGCCAACCCUUCGAAGAUCUCACAACUCACCGGUAUGACUUUCAGGGUCUUGUGGGUGAAACUGCAAAAAUCUGCAGGCCGGCAGAUACCAGAGUGACCCAAAAUGCCCAGUUUGAAGGAAGCAUGGAAUUCUGUGCAAGUUUUCGGCCGUGGGAAAUCCCGCCACCCAAAGUCAAGAAAGUACAGGAGUACGUCCCUCCCGCAGGGGCCAUGCCGUCACACAGCACGAGCCAUCUUGACUACGUUCCGCAUCAGGCCAAGUGUGUCGCUCCAAUCAGGCCAGCUUCUCAUAGAAGAAAUAACCAUUUUCCUUAAGGAAAAAGCACCAUGAAGGAAGAUUUUCCAGCAUGGGAAAGUUGUUGUCAAGGGCUUAUUAAGAAUCAGCAGCAGAUUCCCAACCCAUCUGGAAAAUUUGACGGUCUGAGUACAUUCAGAUCUCACUAUGUGCCCCAUGAACUGAUUCCAACAGAGAGCUGCAAACCUUUAAAUGUUCCUUUUAAGAGUUCCAUCCCACUUGGUGACGGGACCAUGGACCCUGCACCCGAGAAACAGGAAAUCUGCCCUGAUAGCUACCCUUCUCCUCUGGGUUACAUAUUUGAAAAUACAGAUUCCUGAGGUCACAAAUUCUUUCAAAAGAUUGCCCCCGAGUGGAAGCCUUCUAAUCACCAAAUCAUGUUUAAGAGGAAGCUAAAAGGGUGUUGCUUUCCAAGAGCAAAAUCAUUUUUCCGUAGUAGAAAACAACUUAUGAGAGAGCUAAAAUCAGUUUUAAAAUCUUUAAAACAAGAAAAUAGAAGAAUUUCUUGUAGGAAAUCAGGAUCAUGAAAUCAUCUUGUACAGAUAUUUUAACCCAGAUUGUUCUUUAAUAUGCAGAUCUGAAAGUUGAAUGAUGUACAAUCUAAACUACUGUAAUCCCCAACAUACUGUUUGGAAGGCUGUCUCCAACCUAUUAUCAUUCAUUCUUGUGUUUAUAAUUGUUAUGCACAUCCCAGUGACCCUCUGUCGAGCACCGUGGGACUCUGGAACACCACUGAACACGAUGCAUAGGUUCCUCUCCCAAGACAAGAGCAUUCAUUCUUGUCAGACAUCAAGGCAUCUACACAGUGCACACUGAGCCAGGUUUUGGGUGGUGGUGGUAAAGACUUCCCAGCCCCCACUGUGUUCAGGUUGGUCAGAGGCACCGUGGUGAGGCAAGCAAGGCUCCCUGGGCUGGGAGUCAGAGGGUCCCAGUUCCAAGGACAGCAGUGUCUAUUUGUGCCGCCUACACAAUGACUCAUGUUUUUGAGCCUCAGUGUCUUCAUUUGUAAAAGAAUAUCUGCGGUUCCUACCUGACAGAAAUUCUGUUUUGAGCAUCAGAUCAUACGCUACAUUGUGACCUGUAAAGUAAAAGUGCUAAGGAUGUCAGUGAGCGAUAAGUCAACCUCUUUUUGUACCUGUUUUCUCCUUUUUCAAAUUAAGAUAAUUGCAUACCAAAUACUCAGUUUCUGAUCUAUAGCAAAGAUUGUAAAAUAAUCUGAUUUGCUUCAAGUUCAGGAGUAGUCUGAGUUUCUGAGAAGAGUCUUUCUCUAAUGGGUCAUCAACACCCAAGAUGUGGUUACAGAGAAGGGAGAGCUCAGGGGGGGUGGAUAACAUGGUCUGAAUGACAGUAUUUCCAGAAAGGAAAAGCAUUUGCUAGUCACUUUAGGAAUGGCCAGCAGCCCUGGAGAAAUCCUCAGGGCGACCUUGAGUGAUCUGCACCUAAGCACCAUGCCUGCCUCAUGGUUCAGAACAGCCAGGCACAGCUGGGGGCCCAAUCAGGCCUCUCUGCCCAUGGGCAGGGGAGUGCUAAACAGGGGGAAGGAGUGAUGCCGCCAGGUGAAGUAGAAGGAACACUGAUCUAUGAAUGUUGGAAAUUUCCUAAUGAGUUAAACUCUCACUGGGUGUGUUUUUUUUUCCUUUGGUGAAUGAUUACAUUAUGGCAGAAUAUGAUUGAUUUCAUCAUAAAGUUUAGUUUUUUGUAGCUUUAAAUUGUUUCAGACUAUGUACUAAGUUGAGAAUAAGUCCAUCAACAUUUGGUUAAAAUGUUUUAAUUAUUUGAAGUUUUAUUUACGUUUGUAUUUAUUAGUGGAAAUUAUGUAGAAUUUUAUGUCUAAGUAAUAAUAAAGCAUCAACAAAGGGAAGGAAUUUUUGUAAAGUCAUUUCUGUACCUAAUUUUCUCUGGAAAAGAGCUUUUAAAUAAGUU